UAUGCGUUAACCCACUUCGUAGUAGUGCGAUUAAUUUCCUCCUGCUUGCAUGUUUACAGUAGUUUAUGACAAAGUGUGGAUGAAUGGCAUUUAGUCUAAUUCGUUUGAAUAUUAUACGCGUCACUCGAUCAAUUCAAUAUGCAGUAUACUAAAUAUAUUAUUUUGCAUAAUUUGUUUUAGACAGUUCAUAUCCCACGUACAAUUCAAUCCUACAAAUAGUAGCAUAAAGGAAUGGCAGCUGUUAACAUCAGUAAGCACGAAUACCCCGUUGUUGAUCCUGCUGAAAAUGCAAGGUUUCCCGCAUUUGUUUCGGUCUACAUACCAGUGUUCUUAUUGUCUGAAAUUGGCAACGCAUUUGUUAUUCACUCCCUGGCCUAUCUCAAACGUCGCCAACGCACAGCCGUCGAUAGUUACAUAUUAAAUCUUGCAAUUGCCGACUUUUUAACAACAACUAUGUCGUUGUUGAAUGCAAUGGAAUACAUAAAUAAUGAGUGGAAAUUAGGCGAGGAAAUGUGCAAAGUGCAUGGUCAGAUGUUGGAAGCAUGCUACACGGUUUCAACGUUGACGCUUUUAGCCGUGAGUUACAACCGUAGAAAGGCAGUGAACGAUCGUUUUAAGAUUCUUAAUGCAAGGAAGUCUUUGAAGCGAAAUAUUGUUUUUUCAUGGUUAGCUGGAUUUGUCCUAACCUGCCCGUUGGCGUAUGCUUACACAGUCGCGAAAAGAAACGGCAAAUUUCAUUGUAGCAAUACGAAUUUUGACCAGAUGUCUCGAUCUAUAUAUUAUAUUCUUCAAGCUGUGAUCCUAUUUUUCAUUCCUGUCACGAUCAUGAUUGUUUCUCAACUGAAAAUCACCAGAGGUUUACGUCAGCAUUCUCAGAUUUACAGGGCGUCAAUGAGUUUCAAAAAUGAUCACUGGAAAAGAGUGAUGACACAUGAAAGAAGAGUUAGCAGGGUUCUUACUUGGAUUUGGGUUGUUUUUGUCUGCUGCUUUACACCCAACAUCGUUUUGCGUACCAUAGAUCAUUUCAUAUUUAUAAGAGGAAACGAAAUAUGGAACCAAAUCUGGCACGUAAGUCAAUUGUUGGCACUACUUAAUUCAGCCAUUAACCCGUUCUUGUACUAUCGCACAACAAAUAGAGACGGCGCAAAUUCUAGUCGUAUCGUUAACUGGUUUUGUUGCAUUGGAGAAGGAAAGAAGUCUCGAGAUUUCGUGCAAGCUUCAGUCACUAGAUACAAAUUCAAAUGGGAAACUGGUAAUGCAUAAUCUGAUUUGGAAAAGCAGGGUGACCAAUUAUUUGCAGCUUUUUCAUCUGUGUUGAAGAUUACAACCGACAAUUCAAUAUCAGCAACGAGCAACAUGGAACCAUAGUGCGAUAUGCCACGCCCUUCAUUAGCGAUGAACAAAUCGUGCAGAUAUCGUAUUCUUAUAGUCAAAGCAAGGAGCUUCCUGUUUGUUUUGACAUUUACUAUCAGUUUUCAGAACAAAAAUAAAAGUAUAUGUGCCCAAUAUCACCCUACAAUUAAUAUGCUCUUUCAUGGAGCGAUGCACUCUUGAAAUAUUAACAAAGUAGAGUAAUACUAUACAUAUAAACUAUAAUAAUGUUAUUGCUAAAUAAUUAACUUAAGAUACUUGUCUUAGAAUGCUCUUCAACAAUAAACUGAUUCAAAUGUG